CAUUAUUAACACCGUCAGCCGUGCUCCGAGGGAGGAUCUGAGAGGAGAGAUGCUUUGCCUCAGCAGCUUGAUUUUGACCUACUGCUGGGUCCUCUUUGGCAUGGGGAUCGUCCUCAGCAUCAAGCAGACAAGAUCCAGAGAGAUCCCCUACGGACGUUACGCGGGGAAAUCGAACUCCAGGAGGUUCAUUCCUGCCAAGCUGGCCUGGUUCCUUCAAGAGUUGCCCUCCUUCUUGGUGCCAAUGCUGCUGGUUUGGAGAUCAGGGUGGAGGUGUGGGAUGGGGAGAAUGCUCCUGCUCUCCCUCUUCUGUGCUCACUACUUCCAGAGGACAUUUGUGUACUCCCUGCUGACCAAGGGUCGGCCCUCCCCCCUCUACAUCGUGAUGUCCGCGCUCAUCUUCUGCUCCGUCAAUGGCUUCGUCCAGGGCCACUACCUGCUGCACUGCGCUGCCUAUGACGACUCGUGGCUCACAGACGUGCGUCUGGUGACGGGAGUUACUUUGUUCUUGCUUGGGAUGGCAGUAAAUGUCCACAGUGACUAUAUCCUGCGAAACCUCAGGAAACCUGGAGAGAUCACGUAUAAAAUUCCCAAAGGUGGCAUGUUUGAAUAUGUUUCUGGUGCAAAUUUCUUUGGGGAGAUAAUAGAGUGGUUUGGCUUUGCUGUAGCAACCUGGUCCCUGCCUGCUUUCGCAUUCGCAUUCUUCACUCUGUGUUCAAUUGGACCCCGGGCCUACAACCAUCACAGGUUUUAUCAUGAAAAGUUUGCAGAUUACCCAAAAUCAAGGAAAGCAGUGAUACCGUUCAUCUUUUAA